AUGGCCAACUUCUUCGACAUCAAAGCCAGACAAGCCGCAGCGGCCGUCGCAAGCUCUUCGAAAGCACCCGCCGCAAAACAAGAAACCAAUCGGCUACAGCCAUGGGUAGAGAAAUACCGCCCAAAAUCCCUCGAAGAAGUCACCGCCCAAGACCACACAAUCCGCACCCUAAGCCGGGUCCUCCAAUCCUCGAACCUCCCGCACAUGCUCUUCUACGGCCCCCCCGGCACCGGCAAAACUUCCACCAUCCUCGCCCUCGCGCGCCAGCUCUACGGCCCGGACCUCAUCAAGACGCGCGUGCUCGAGCUCAACGCCUCCGACGAGCGCGGCAUCUCCAUCGUGCGGGAAAAGGUCAAGGACUUCGCGCGCAUGCAGCUCAGCAACCCGCCCUCCGGGCCUGCAGGCGAGGAAUACCGCCGGCGGUACCCGUGUCCCCCGUUCAAGAUCGUGGUGCUCGACGAGGCGGAUAGCAUGACGCAGGAUGCGCAGUCAGCGCUGAGGCGGACCAUGGAGACGUACAGCCGCAUCACGCGCUUCUGUCUCGUGUGCAACUACGUCACGCGCAUUAUCGAUCCGCUGGCGAGCCGGUGCAGCAAGUUUCGGUUCAAGAGUCUGGGUGCGGAGAGUGCGGCGCAGAGGCUGGAGGACAUUGCGAGGUUGGAGGGGGUGCGUCUGGGGAAGGGGGCGGUGGAUGCGCUGGUGAGGUGCAGUGAGGGGGAUUUGAGACGCGCGAUCACGUUCUUGCAGAGUGCGGCGCGCUUGGUGGGGGCGGAGCAGGCGGGAAGGAGGAAGGGCGGUGAUCAGGACAGUAUGGAUGUUGAUGAGGAAGAUGGGGUAGCUGGGGGGAGCGCGAUCUCUGCGCGGACGGUGGAAGAGAUCGCGGGCGUGGUGCCGGAUGAGACGAUUGAGCGGCUGUUGCAAGCCAUGCAGCCGCGGUCCAAGGGCGCAGUAUACGACGCGGUAGCCAGCUGCGUGUCGGACAUGGUUGCCGACGGGUGGAGCGCAACGCAGGUCGUUGGUCAGAUGUACGAGAAGAUCAUGUUCGAUGAGCGGAUACCGGGGCUGCAGAAAAACAGGAUCGCCAUGGUCUUCUCCGAGACCGACAAGCGGCUGGUCGACGGCGCGGACGAGCAUUUGGAGAUAUUGGAUCUGGCGCUUAGGAUAUCGGAGAUUUAUGCAGGCAGCUGA